AUGGACUUUCAAAGCACGAAUCCUUUUAAUGUUUGGUUAAAUCUACUUUCGGGCAAUCUGCUACCUAUGACCAGCAAUUCGUCAUUUCCAAUAUUCUGGAAAAUGUACAGUGCUUUCGUGUGGUCGGUCCUAAUAGUUUGCUUGGUCACAUUAAUCCCUGCCUGCUUCUUAGUACCGAUAGAGAAAGCAUUGAGUGAUGGAGUAAUUGUUUUGGUCGUUUUUAUAGAAUUAGUUUUCACCAUCGUGCGAAUAAACGUGCAGCCAACACUAGUACACCAAUUGAUACAAAAAUUGAAUACGAUUCUCACAAACACUGAAAACAAUAACAUGAAGGAUAUUGUAAUAAUGAAUGUAAAUUCCGUGGUGACUCCAUUCAAAUUUUUCUUAAUGUUAGGCACAUGUUCUGUUAUUGUCUGGGCCAGUGUAUCAUUCUUAAUAUUAUUCGAAAGGAGUACUUUUUACUACGCAGAUUUUCGAUCUCCAGCUAUUUUUUCUAAAGAAGAGCCAUUCUCUAUUAAUGUUUUCCUAUUGGGUAACGUGAUAUCAAUGGUCAGCAAUAUAUACCUUUUUUUAAAAAAGGUUAGCGUGGAUAUGUAUAUAGCACAUUUAAUAUCAUUGAUAACGUCGCAAUAUCACUACAUUGCUUCGAGACUUGUAUUAGUAUUUCGAAACAGUAAUCGACAGGAUAGCAGCAGUUUUUCAGAAAAUAAUUUCACAAAUUCCGGCGUGGAGAAAGAAAUAAAAAGUUUAUGUCAACAACAUAAUGAUGUUAUGGACAUGAUGUUAAUGUUGAAGAAAUUGCUAUCUAUAAGUAUCUUCUUGAUAUAUAUGAAUAAUGUUUUUCGAUUCUGUUUCCUUGGAAUUAUAUUUAUUACUGUGUUUACGUCAGCGACUUUCGUAGAAAUGUUCAUGGUGCUUAUAUACACAUGCUCCGCAUUAGUGCAGUUCUACAUAUUGUGCGCUUGUUUCCAGAAUUUAUCAGAAGCA